AUGCGGUCCUUCUCGACCACCUUCGUCUUUGCCAUCUUCGGUCAAUACGACGACCUGAGCAGCGACGGCAUGGCCUUCUUCGUCUCCACAUCCAAGGAGGUGCUCUCCGCUGCGCUGCCAGGACAGUACUUGGGUCUCCUCAAUGACACCAAUAAUGGCAACCACAGCGCCCGCAUCUUCGCCGUGGAGCUAGACACGUUCCAAGACGCCGAGUUGCAAGACAUCAGCAACAACCACGUCGGUGUCGACGUCGAUAGCCUGGUAUCGCGCCAAGCCUUCCCCACCGGGUAUUACGAUGAUGACACCGGUGUGUUUCAGGGCCUAAGUCUGAUAAGCCGGAAGCCCAUGCAAGUGUGGGUUGACUACGACGGCACGGCCAUGGAGAUAACCUUGACCAUAGCUCCACUGGGGGUGGCCAGGCCCAAGAAGCCCCUGCUGCAGACCAUCAUCGACCUCUCUGAUGUGGUGCAGAGCACGGCGUAUGUUGGGUUCUCGUCAGCAACUGGCAGUAUUGUCUCUGCACGACACUUCGUCCUCGGCUGGAGUUUCGCUCUGGACGAGCCUGCCCUUGCACUGAACAUCUCGAUGCUGCCGGCCUUGCCAUCGGCCAGCACCAAGCUAUCGGCCAGGACACUGAUAUCAAACAUUGCGAUUACUUGGCUGGCCUUAGUGGUGAUGCUGGCUUUGGCUAUAGGCAUCGGAAUCUGGAUAUGUGUAAGACAGCAGUGUCACAAGUACUCUGAGGUGCGUGAGGACUGGGAGGUUCCGUUUGGCUCGAACCGAUUUUCAUACAAGGACUUGUUUCAUGCGACCAAGGGUUUCAGUGACAAGAACUUGCUUGGGCGGGGAGGCUUUGGAAGCGUCUACAAGGGUGUGCUUCGAGAGCCUAAGAUGGAGGUUGCCGUGAAGAGAAUGUCACACAAUUCAAGGCAAGGGGUAAAGGAGUUCAUCGCCGAGGUGGUGAGCAUUGGUCGUCUACGGCACCGUAACCUCACGCAAUUGUUGGGCUACUGCAGGCGGAAAGAUGAACUGCUCCUGGUUUAUGACUACAUGAAAAAUGGUAGCCUCAACAAGCACCUACACAGUAGAAAUGGCCAAGUGCUAUGUUGGUCUAAGAGGUAUUCAAUCAUCAAAGGUGUGGCGUCAAGUUUGCUAUAUCUACAUGAGGACUGGGAGCAAGUCGUCAUCCACAGAGAUAUAAAGGCAAGCAACAUGCUUUUGGAUAAUAAGAUGAAUGGAAGGUUGGGCGAUUUCGGUCUUGCAAGGAUAUACGACCACGAAGCCACCGCUGAAACCACCCAUGUGGCUGGCACCAUGGGAUAUCUUGCGCCUGAACUCGCGCGCGCUGGGAGGCCAACACCCUUCUCCGAUGUGUACGCAUUUGGCAUGUUUCUUCUAGAGGUCACAUGCGGACGCAAGCCAAUCUUCAUCGAUGAGCAUAACAACCGGGUGUUGUUGGUCGAGUGGGUGCUUGAGCACCACCACAAUGGCUCAAUGCUCGACACAGUGGAUCCACGACUUGGACAGGAAUUCAACACGGAGGAGGUAACCAUCGUGCUCAAAUUAGGUUUGCUAUGCACGUACCCAUCGCCCAACGCGCGGCCUAUCAUGCGGAAGGUCAUGCAGUACCUUGACCAUGAUCAAUCGCCUCCUAAUUUAUCACCGUCCUACAUUAGCUACAUCAUGAUGGCCCAACUGCAAUAUGAAGGGUUUGAUUCACACAACAUGCCAUGUUCUCAACCCAUAGCGAGUGUUGCCACUGUGUCAGGAGAGUCCUCGGCGACUAUUUUGCGAGAGGGGAGAAGAAGUGUGUAG